AUGGCUAAAACGUAUUUUCAAAGUAAUUGGAUUGACAAAUAUUCUUGGAUAAAGGAAGAUGUUGGCAAUAAAAAUUCUGCGUUUUGCAAACUCUGUCUGAAGUCAUUUUCAUUAAGCAACAUGGGUAUUACAGCAAUCCUUAGUCAUAUGAAAGGUAAAAAACACACAACUAUUACUAAUGCUCAAAAAGAGAGUUAUAAUGUUAAUGAUAUGUUAACGGCGCCUAACGAUGUUAACGCUAAUCAAUCUACGGUUAAGAAUAAUUGUACAGUGUCUACCAAAAAACAAAAUAUUUCUACUUUUCUUGAGCGAGAUAAUGUUACAAGGGCUGAAAUAAUAUGGGCUUUAAGUUGUAUUGAAAAUCAUUUAUCAAUGUCGGCUGGUGGGAGAUGUGUGGAAAUUAUGAAAUAUAUGUAUCCAGAUUCUGAAAUUGCUUCAAAUAUACAACUUCAAAGAGCUAAAUUAACCUAUGUAAUCAUUUAUGGAUUAGGAAAGUAUUUUUCUGAGAGUUUAAUCUCAGAAGUUCUAGAUUCCGAUUUUUUUUCUAUAUCAUUUGACGAAUCACUUAACAAAAUAUCUCAAAAAGAACAAAUGGAUAUAAUCGUGAGAUUUUGGUGCAAGUCAUCUAAUAAAGUAAUUUCUCGUUAUUUGACAUCAUGUUUUUUAGGACACACGACUGCUAUUGAUUUAUUAGAAGCCUUGAAGAGUGCCCUCAAGAAUUUUGAUCUUAAUAAAAUGAUACAUUUAUCGAUGGAUGGGCCUUAUGUCAACAUUAAAGUUUUAAAGACAUUGCAGAUGGAAUUAGCUAACAUGCCUAACAUCAAUACAGUAAUGUUGGACUUGGGUACUUGUGGAAUUCACACAUUACACAAUUCGUUUAAAGUUGCUAUGCAGACGAGCAAGUGGGAAAUCAUUGAGUUUUUAAGAGCUAUUUAUAAUAAUUUUAAAAAUGUACCUGCUCGCAGAUCCGACUAUACUAAAUGCUCUGGAUCAUACAAAUUCCCUCUCAAGUUUUGUCCAGUAAGAUGGCUUCAAAAUAUACAAGUAGCUGAAAGAGCUGAAGAAAUUUUACCAAAUUUGUUAAAGUAUGUAAAUUUUGUUAAAAAUACACCUAGAGAACCAACUUCUCUAAGUUAUAAAAUAAUGAUCAAUUGCUUAAAUGAUAAAUUAUUAAAACCCAAACUUGCUUUCUUUAAAUCAUUGGCAAAUGAUGUUGAACCUUUUUUACGGAAUUAUCAAUCAGAUGCCCCAAUGGCUCCAUUUUUGUACACCGAUUUAAAAACUAUUAUGGAAACAGUAAUGCAAAAAUUUAUAAAAAAGGAAAUUUUUGAAUCAACUUCUAUCACUAGUAUUGAUGUUACUGAUAAGAAUAACAUUCGUUUAUCCAAAUAUAUUGACUUGGGCUAUACAACUCGUCAAGCUCUAAGGAAUACUGAACAGAUAAAUGAUAAAGACAUGUUAAAAUUCAGACUUGACUGUUCAUUGAUUUUUCAAAAAUUUUGUUCCAAAUUACUUGACAAGUCUCCACUAAAGUACCCCAUAGUGAGAAGCAUUACAUUCUGUGAUCCUAAUAUUAUUGCAAGUAAUUUUAAAAUAUCUUUACGUCGACUAAAAAAUACUUUGGAAAUUUUCGUUGACAAUAAUUUGAUCUCUGGUUGUGCAGCUGAUAGAGUUGAAAGAGAGUUUAUAAAGCUUUUUAAUAAUUCUCAAUUUAUUGAACGGUGUAAAAAUUAUUUAAAGACUGAUCGUCUGGAUGAAUUUUGGACAAACUUGCCAAGUAUGUGCAAUUUGUCUGUUGAAACAAUGCGUUUUCUGAAAACAAUUUUCAUUUUAUUCCAUGGGAAUGCAGCUGUUGAACGAGGAUUCUCUAUAAAUAAAGAGUGUAUAUCUGAAAAUAUGAAGGAAGAUUCGUUAAUUGGGCAAAGACAUGUUUGGUCAGCCAUUAAUGCUGCUGGUGGUACUAAAGAAGUAAAUAUAUCAAAAACUAUGAUUCAUGCAGUUCGAAAUGCUAGAUCUUAUUACCAUGAAGCAUUAGAACAAGCAAAAAAAGAAGAUCAAGAAAAGCAGAGAUUUGCUGAAAACCAAAAAAGAGCUAAUGAACAGCUUAAAGAACUCAAAGAAAAAAGACGACGAUUACUUGAAAGUGCUAUGAAAGAAACUGAAGCUAUUGACGAAGAGAUGUCAAAACUUCAAAAAUAA